AAUUUGUACAGCAAACUGUAGCUACAUUAAUAUUGUGGAAAAAGAUGCAGAAUAUUUUAGUGAAAAUGCUUACCGCGGCAGCCCUACUCUGCCUAUCAGCGCUCACAACCACGGCCAGUCCUCUGUACUAUAAAUUCAGUAAAUACGGAAGAAUUAAUAUUGACCCUUUGCUCGCUUCCGCUUCCGAUAAUGUGCCAAUGGUGCAAAGCAAUAACUAUGACAUGGUUAUGGCCGAUGAAAAUUACCCCAUGGAAUCAAUGCACUAUCAGAAUUUCGAAAGUUUUUCCGAACCGAAAAUGGCGGAAGAUUCCGAUUUCAACAUGGACGAAGCACAGUUUCUACCCAAAAACACCCCUUUGCGUGCACCACAAUCCCUAUCGAAACAAGAGCGCGAAAUUCGCCAACUCGUCGAAGUGGCUGACCCCAAAUUGGAGAAGAAGAAGAUGCUGAAGUUAAAAAAAGGCUCCUCAGUACCGCGUGGACCAGAUGCUUAUCCAUGGGAUCAGUUUGAUUACGAUCUGUAUAGCGUAAAUCCGGCAAAUCAAAAGAAAUAUUAGUUUGCUCUUUGCGCACGGACUC